ACUAAUUAACUACACUAAUUAAUUAAGACUACCUAACCCUAAAAGAAAAAGGCGGACGGUUCACCCUCUCACUCUCUCUCUUGCGCCGCACAUUCCCUCUUUUCUCUUUGCUCUGAAACCCUAAAUCGCGGCUCUCUCUAUCUCUCGAUUGCUCAUCACUGCUCUCUCUAUCUCCCGAUUCUCUGCGAAUCUCUGCCCCUUUCGCCACCCUUAGAUCGGCGAAUCUCUGCCACCGCACGCUGCCCUUAGAACGGCGCUUCUCUGCCGCCGUGAUGAAGUCCAAGUGGGAGGCUUACCUGAGCGGACAGUACGUGCCGGACAGCGAGGACUCGUGCUCCGAUUGGGGAUCACCGCCGGAGGUAGAUUUCCCGUUCUCGGCUGAAUUUUCAGAAACGGCGGAAGACUCUCUCGGCUUCAGUGAGAUCGAAAGUCUCUGUGGAGAUGGGAGAUGUCUUGUUUCACCACGGGCUCCGAUCUAUCGCCGCCCCCAUAAUCCUGUGAGAAAAUCGGUCUCUGAUAUAAUUACCCCUGAAUCUCCUAUUUUGAAUGAUAGUACUGACUAUCCCCUUUGUCAAUUACUCUGUGAGGAAUCGUGGGAUGAAGUUGUGGCCUGGAAUGCUACUGUUGGACCGUGUGUGGCUUCUCAGCUGGUGGGUUAUACCCCAGUUCAAAUGAAUAUGUUGAAGAACCUAUUGCCAGCCUUAUUUCGGCCCAUAGUCGUCUCACGGUUCGUCGAGAGCACCCAAACUUGAUGAUAGCUUCUUGGAUCUUCCCUCUUUUUGGCUUCCCGUUGUUGGAGUUGUGAAGAAGAAACUGCACAAUCGUGUUUCUCUCGGCCGUAGUUAGAUCGGGCCUUCUCAUUUUGUAGAGUUUGGAA